UCCCGGCUGCCUCCAUUCCCCCAGCCCAGAGCAGGCAACGUGCGCUUCCGUUGGGCACGGCCCGCGUUCCCUUGCGCGGGUCGCGGGCGGCCAGAGCUUUGGCUGGCUGCUCCUUUUCAAAGCCUGCAAGCACCGUUUGUGCGCGGUGCGCGCAGCCCUGACCCGAAGCAGAGGCUUGCUGUGAAAAUAAAGCCUUGGUUCUUCUGGGAUUUCAGCCUGGGAUAUGUUCGUGGGGACCCUUCUAAAAGGUAGAGGAAGGACCUCCAGCUAUUUUCCCAGAGAGGGCAGGGGAGAUCCCUCCUCCCGUUCGGCUCAUCCCUUUGCUACUUCCAUUUAGUUUGAAAGCAACCUGCAGCCAACCCCGCCUGGGAAGUUUCCGUUCUGCUGCCUCCCAGCUCAGUGCAUUCAAGGUGCCUUUGAUAAGUCUGUGUGUAGCCGCUGGGAGUCGGACUGUUGCUUUCUCAGUUCUUCAUCACAGGCAACCCCCACCUUCCUCUUCCAGCCCACAUACCCGAUUUGCUAGAGAUGAAGGGGAGGGAGUGAUGAAAUGAACAAGAAGUGGCAAAUUGAUUAAGACUAGUUUCCUCUUCAAACGGCGGCUCGGAAGAGAAAGAAGCAGAGCGAGAAUAGGCGGCAGCCCGAAGAGCUUGCAAAGAAGGGGUGGGGAGGCGAGCCCUGCUGUGGGCAGCGACUAAGCUUUCCUGCCUUUUGCAACGGCGGAGAAUUGAUUCUAGGCGCUAGGGGUGCUGGCUGUUCGGGCGCUUCUGCGGUUCGCCGUCGACAUGCACGCGCGCUCCGUCUGACUGCAUUUGACUUAUAAUGCCGGCUUCUCUUUGGAAUGCAAAACCGUGCACAGGAUGAAAUCAGGUCACUCUGCCAGAAUGCCAGAAGAAAAUUCCCCAAGGAGAACUCCUCAGAAAAUCCCGUACCAGGACCUUCCUCACUUGGUCAAUGCUGAUGGGCAGUAUCUUUUCUGCAGGUACUGGAAGCCGGCUGCCACUCCAAGGGGCCUGGUGUUCGUUGUUCAUGGUGCUGGAGAACACUGCUGUCGCUAUGAUGACUUGGCCAAGAUGCUGACAGGAAUCGACUUUUUUGUGUUUGCCCAUGACCAUGGUGAGUGUCACUGGAAAAAAACUCUGUGUUGAUGAGAAAAGGAGAGUAAAUAUGAUGUG